AUCUCAUCACGACUCUUGGUACCUAGCAGGCACUUCUCCGUAGUGGGUACUCCACUCAUCGUGUCGUCUACGGGCUUCGGCUUUGGCUGUGGGGCCGCCCGGGCGAACAAGCCAAACGUUGGUCGAGUGGGUCUAAGCGGCCGUGAGGACCUCUCCAGGAGAACCCAACAGUCCUCUCCAUUCAUUCAUUCAUCCAUCCAGCCAAGCAUCCAUCCAUACAGCAGCCGCGCUCCUCUCCACGGAGAGAGAGAGUGUGUAUCCUCGGCGAAGGUGGAGGCGAAAAGUGGUUCGUCUAUCGGACGAGUCCAAGGACUCAAAGACCCUCCGGGUGAUUUCAGUCGGCCGCCGGCCGGCUGUGCCGGCCACUACUGCGCCCACCACGUGUGCAUCGUCUUCUUUUUCCAAAAAACUACAUUGUUGUGUUAGUGUCACAAGUGUCAUACUCAAGAAAUCUUCCACAAUUCACCCAGACUGUACUUUUUCGUCUAGUGAUUUUCCCCUAGCUAAACUCGAAACUUUGGAAACUUUCUGUUUGCUGAUCCAAGUAAUCCAAGUCUUCAGUGUUUAGGAACAAUUAUUUUGUGAUUUGUUUAACUUAAGUCUACUUUUCAUUACUAAAAUUUUAAGCCUGGAACCAAGAAGCAACUGGAGUACAACUUCAUCAUCCUAAACAGUCAGCAAUCCGCAGGCAAUUUAGUUUUAAAGUUUGGGAACAGCCUAAUGCAGCUGCGAAAAUCUGAACCAAAAACGAGUACUAUCGAAAGGAGACAUUUCUAUCAGGAAAAAAAUUAGAGGAAGAACCCAAAGGAUUUACUACAAAACCGCAAAAGAAUCAACGGAUCCCUCUUUGAAAAUUAGAAGUGCAUCUCAUGGAAGAGAGUAGCAAAGACUGAACCUAAAGGCGUUGAACAAACCUUUCGUGUUUAGUUUAAAGAACCAAAUCCGUGGAGUUAAAAGGAUGAACCGAAAAUAGUGAAGUGCGGGACGACGGUCAGUGUGAGUGAGUGUUAGUGGAACAAAAUCGGCCGAAGAAGGAAGAAUGUUAACCAAGAGUUUGGGAUAAGGCUCCACCAUUCUGCUUAGCCGGAGCCUGAAGUACUUCGACAGUGUCGAGGUCCCCGAGAUGAGCGGUGGUAGUGGCGGCGGUAACGGAGGCGGCAGCCAAGGAACCAACAAUGCUUCCUACCACCAGCAUCAACAACAGCAACAACAACAACAGCACUCUCAAUUGGAACAGGCAGGACUCCUGCCGGACUUGAAUGGCGUUGACCUGGCUAUGAGCCUAUCGCCCAAGCAGCAUUCGUCUCACGUUCAACCCGGUGCUCACACAACGCCAUUUAGCGUCUCGGACAUUCUCUCGCCAAUUGAGGAGUCCUACAGGAAAUUGGAAUUAGCGGCGGCAGCUGUUGGGGUCGUGUCACAUCCCCAAGGAUCGCCGUACACGAAUGCUUGCGGUGCUCGGGUCGGUGGCAACACGGGCAGUUCGAGCGCGAGCAGUGGUAGUCCACCUCUUCACGGUGGUUCAACGCCCGGUGGAAGUACACCGGGUCCAGUUACGGGUACGAACGGUGGAAUUGGUGCGGGAAGUGUUGGUGCAGGUGGUGCAAUGAGUGCUAUGGGCAAUCCCUACGCGACAAUGCAGUUGACGUCGCAAUAUCAAUACUGCGCCGCGGAACUGUCGCCUUAUCAUCAUGGUGGGCCUGGUGUUGGCGGCGGUGCUACGGCGACGGAUCCCAUGAGGUCCCAUGGAGUGUCGUCGCAUCAUCAUCCUUGGUAUGCUCCGGCGCCUCCUCCGACUAACGAUGCCCGAUUUGCCAUUUCGCGACUGAUGGGUGCCGGUUCGAAUAUGGCCGGAUGCUCGGUGGGUCAGUCGAUGGGCGAUAUGUCGAAAUCGUCGGGAAUGGGAGUCGGUGUUGGCGUUGGCGUUGGCAUGGGCGUUGGUGCCAUGCAAUUUCCUCUCGCUCAGAGAAGGAAGCGACGAGUCCUCUUCACCCAGGCCCAGGUCUACGAAUUGGAGAGGCGAUUCAAGCAACAGAAAUACCUCAGCGCACCCGAAAGGGAACACCUAGCUUCUCUCAUCCACCUCACACCUACUCAGGUGAAAAUUUGGUUUCAAAAUCAUCGGUAUAAGUGUAAACGACAAGCAAAGGAGAAAGCCAUGGCCGAACAGAACGCACAAAAUCAGAGUUCGAGUUCGCCGCGACGAGUGGCGGUUCCGGUCCUAGUGAAGGACGGCAAGCCGUGCGGAAGCGGCGGCGGCAACGAGGGCAGCAGGGGCGGACCGUCUGCGGCGCUGGCGAGUCCCGCGCCCCACAUGACCACGGCCUCCAGUCCCCAUGGGACCCACCACGCGGCCUCAGUCGCUCACCACUCGGUCGUUGGCGUCAGUCACGUGAUGAGCUCGAGUCAGAGUCUGCAGCAUUGCUCCUACUCGAGGACUGCGGCCCAACAAUCAAUGCAGCAGCAACAGCAGCCACAGUGCAGCGCGUACCUACCACUCCAAGGUCGGGCCUGGUAGUGCGCGCCUUCCGCGGCGGGGGCGGCGGCCUACGCCAAUCCCUCCGUCGCCGGCCCCUGGGCCCUCGCCGCGGAUCCCACAGCGUGGUACGCCAUUCCCGAAGACAGUCCGUGAAAUCAGGCCUUUUACUGUACAGACUAAGGUGUCUUUUGUCCCCCCCACCCCUCGGCCCUUUGAUAAUAAUAAUAAUAAUUUACACGCACGUAACCAAACUCGAAGAAAAUUUUUAUUUUUGACAAAAUAUAUGACUAAAACGUUUAUUUUUAAAUAUAAUAUAUUUAUAUUAUAUUUAUAUUCUAUUUUUGGCAAAACUUUAUCAAAUGGUCCAUAACUUCUUUAAGACAAUGAGGCACUUUACACUGUGGAAUCUGUUUUACCGACUGUAGAUAAAAUAAAUUUAUUUUUAUCUACAGUCGGUAAAACAGAUACCACAGUUUGAAUCAGUAUUAAUUUCCUUGGUUUUCAGUGACAUUUCAGCGAAAAAUUUUACUCAAGUGCUUCACUCGCUAAAUUCCAUUUUUUUACCGGUGAAAUUUCACUGAUUCAAUUUUAAAAAGUAUAAAUUGAAAAUCGACUGUUUCGAACGUAUAAGAAUUUUUCUUUUGCGUUCAGGUCACAUGUAUACGUAUUUUUAAUCCUAAUAUAUUUUUUUAAAGUAAUUCAAUUAAUUUAAAAAAAGUAUUUUUUAAAAUUUAUUAUUUAAAAAAAUGUAUGCGGCCAUUUGACAAAAGUUCUUCAUAAAAAUAAAAUUUGAGUAAUUUUUUGAUCACGUGUAUAAUCACAUC